AUGGCCGCAUCCGAGGACGGCAGCAGCUGCCUUGUGUCGCGGGGCCGCUCGCAGAGUGACCCCAGCUUCCUCAGCGACUCCUCAGCCACCUCCACGGACGCCGGGGAGAACCCAGAUGAGAUGGACCAAACUCCCCCAGCACGCUCCGAGCCUCUGGUCUCAGGGAUUCGAACUCCCCCUGUGCGGAGGAACAGCAAGCUGGCCACCCUGGGCAGGAUCUUCAAACCGUGGAAAUGGAGGAAAAAGAAAAACGAGAAGCUGAAGCAGACGACCUCAGCACUGGAGAAGAAAAUGGCUGGCAGGCAAGGCCGGGAGGAGCUCAUUAAGCAGGGACUGCUAGAGAUGAUGGAGCAAGAUUCUGAAAGUAAGGCAUGCAGUCCCAAGGAAGGCUCCCAACCAGCUCAGAGUGAGCCGUCCACUGGCGAGCAAGAGACACUGACCUCGGAGGGUGUCCAGCCCGGAAGCCCCUCGGCCAGUGGAACAGAUCAGGCCUCCCAGGACGAGCUUCUGUCCUCUGACGCCCAUCUGGAUGACACAGCCAAGAUGCCAUCUGCAUCCAGUGAGGAAGAAGCAGAUGCUGGCAGCCUCCUGCCCACCACUGAUGAGCCCUCUCAAGCCUUAGCUGGGUCUGACUCCCUGGACAGUCCUCCAAGACCCCUGGAGAGAUCUGCGAGCCAGCUCCCCAGCCCUCCAUUGCUGCCCACCCCGCCACCCAAGGCCAGCUCUAAAGCCACAAAAAAUGUCACAGGUCAAGCUGCGCUCUUCCAAGGCCCCAGCAUGAAGAACAAUGAGCCGGUUCUCAGAGGACAGCUUGCCACCCCCACAGGGUCCCCUCAUCUCACCACUGUCCACCGGCCACUGCCCCCCAGCCGCGUGAUUGAGGAGCUGCACAGGGCACUGGCCACGAAGCACCGUCAGGACAGUUUUCAAGGGCGGGAAUGCAGAGGGUCUCCGAAGAAGCGGAUGGAUGUGCGUCUGUCCAGGACGUCCAGCAUGGAGCGGGGCAAGGAGAGGGACGAGGCGUGGAGCUUUGACGGGGCCUCGGAGAACAAGUGGACUGUUGCCAAAGACUCCGAGGAGAACAAGGAGAAUCUGAUACUGAGCUCCGAGCUCAAGGAUGACUUGCUACUGUAUCAGGAUGAGGAGGCGCUCAACGACUCUAUCAUCUCCGGAACACUGCCGAGGAAAUGCAAGAAGGAGUUGCUGGCGGUGAAGCUGAGGAACCGACCGAGCAAGCAGGAGCUGGAGGACCGGAACAUCUUCCCCAGGAGGACCGAUGAGGAGAGGCAGGAGAUCCGACAGCAGAUAGAGAUGAAACUUUCCAAGUAA